AGGCCCACUAGACCCCCUGAGUCCCCGAGUUUCACGAAUCAUUUGUGGGAAGAAGGUGUGUCGCCAAGACUCUUUGCCAUGGAUAUGACAGAAACGUGCAGGCAACCGUCGGAGAUGCCAUGUUCCAGGGUUGGCCUUGGGCAAUUGCACCACGCCCGGCAGUUGGGACUUUGUGCGGUUUGAGGUGCAAUGUUUGGCGCGCAGUAUCGGCUGCAAUGUCGGCAAGCUGAGGUUUGUAGCUGUCGUGAUGGCUGAUCCCCGACGUAAGAACAUUGCUUUGCGCACGCAGAGAUCUGCUUGCUCUUCUAUAUGGGGAAGGACCACACUUGCGACUUGUACAUCUGCAGUUUGUAGGGAUUUUUCUGCAGCAAAAAGAAUGCCUCUUUUCUUUGGAUCUCGCGCACCCAAACAUGGAGACGACCGGACAAUAGAAACGCACAGGUGUCGGGGAUGUCAUGUUCCAGGCAGACUAUUUGACUAUUUCUUGAAAGAGUUGGCCUUGGGCAAAUACGCGAUGCCAGCAGUUGGGACUUUGUUUGGUCUGAGGUGCAGAUGGCAGAGGACAAGACUUUGAUACCCCUUGCGAAGAUGUUUGUGGAGGAGGUUUGCAGCUGUCGCGAUGGUUGAUGUCCCCAAUGCAAGAACAUUGCUUUGCGCCCACAGAGGCUAACAUUUGCUGAGGAGAUUGAACGUUUUUUUGUUUUGACAGUCCAGUAGCCUACCCCUGUGCUUGCGAGUCCAAGUUGGGUAGCAGUACAGACAUGUACAGCGAUAUGUUCAAUACCGGCUUUUCAGGUGGACCUACAAAUUACGUUUUUGAUUUUUGAUUAUAACUCUUUCCAAGUCGCCUCAAGAUUUUGCAAAACUUUGGCUUGUGCGUUCCUGCGGCUGCAAGUCUCAAGUUCUACCCUUCUUGUCCUUCGCAAGCAAGUACCCUUUCCGCUUGCGUUCUCUACAAGCCGAACCCCUUGUACUGUGUAGCACAAAGAAGAAAUGGUCGACUCCAAGGUUGGUUGGAAUGACGGCGUCCUUGUGGUGUCAUUGCUCUACAUGUGUAUCGACAUCCAAUACGAAUGGGAUGGCUUUGCAAGCUGCCGACGUCCCAUCCACAAAUGGCUCCUGUUGAGCUAUGGCUUGGUUGUGAUGUCAAGACUGGUCCAUAUAGCGGGUGCUCUCAUGUCCCACAACGACAGCGAGUUCAUGCUGAACCUUCGCCAGAAGAGUGCAAUUGUGCGGCUUCUUCUUUCCAUGAUGUGGCUGGUGAUCUUGCCGGCCUUCACAAUCUGGUCCAUGGUGGGCAGUGCAUGGGUGUGGGAGGUGAUGAACCACACUCCUCAGUGCCUUCCAGGUGGUGCUCACUUUUGGUUCUUGAUCGUGUGGCAGGCACUGAGUUAUUUAUGGAUCAUUGUCCACUGUGGCUUGGGCAUCAUGGCGUGGUAUUUGGAGCGAAGACUACUCCGAGCAGAAGGAGACUUGCGGCAAUUGGAGGAUCAAGAUUUGCUGUCAAGAUGGGGACAAGUGAGUCGCUUGCAGAGCUACACCUCUGUCCCAGGUCUUGGUGACCGGGAAGGAGGACUGAAAGCUAAAGAGAUUGCCGCCUUACCUGGCCUCAUGGUGGUGGACAGUCCUAUGGCUAUGGAGGACUGUCCAAUCUGUCUCACGGAGCUUUGCGCUGGCGAGAGCGCGCGCAAGCUCAGUCUUUGCGGUCACACCUUCCAUCGCUCCUGCAUCGACCUUUGGCUGUUCCGCCGAGCGGACUGCCCACUCUGCAAGACCGAGGUGAAGACCUGUGACAAGGUGGAGACCCGUGACAAGUCUGCCGAGGAGUCGUCCUGGAAUGUGUGAGGGCACCGAACAUCAAACUCUGUCUCACCACCUGGUGGGCACGUUUUUUUGCUUGCUUGGCCACCUCACAUUCCGUUCGUCUGGGAUUUUGGGCGUGCCCUGCUGGGGAGCCGAUCCAAAACGCGGCUGUUUGCUGUCCAACUUGGGAAUGUUGGGUCUGCGGAGUCCACAGUCGACAUUGGACUUGGACUUGUCCCUUUUCUUGGCCCAAGCUCCAAAAUGA